GGCGGAUUCCGGCUUCCGCGAACCAGGGCCCAGGCGGGACGCUGUCGGGCCCCUGAUUGGCCGGCCGCGUGGGGCGGCGCCUCGCUGAGACCCGGGAAGGGGCCGGGCGGGAUAGCCAGCUGUGGCCGGCGCGGAUUGGCGGAAGCAACCGGGACUUCCACGCCUCUCCUCGACGUUGGUGGGCUGGUGGGUGGGGCAUCUGGGCGGGGCCCCGCGGAGACGCAACUCUCGAUUGGCCGGUGCGUUUCCUCAGCGCUCUGGCGAUUGGUGGUGGGCCAGGCGCGCGGCGCUGAUUGGGCGGCAGCCCGCUCCGGCCCCGCCCCACCGCGGGGCUGACUGGCGGAAGGGGAAGUGGGGGGGCAGGUGGCGGUGGGGAAGAUGGCGUACCAGAGCCUCCGGCUGGAGUACCUGCAGAUCCCACCGGUCAGCCGCGCCUACACCACCGCCUGCGUCCUCACCACCGCCGCUGUGCAGUUGGAAUUGAUCACACCUUUUCAGUUGUACUUCAAUCCUGAAUUAAUCUUUAAACACUUUCAAAUAUGGAGGCUAAUCACCAAUUUCUUAUUUUUUGGUCCAGUUGGAUUCAAUUUUUUAUUUAACAUGAUUUUCCUGUACCGUUACUGUCGGAUGCUAGAAGAAGGCUCCUUCCGAGGCCGGACGGCAGAUUUUGUAUUUAUGUUCCUUUUUGGUGGGUUCUUAAUGACUCUCUUCGGCCUGUUCGUGAGCCUGGUGUUCCUGGGCCAGGCCUUCACCAUCAUGCUCGUGUACGUGUGGAGCCGUAGGAACCCCUACGUGCGCAUGAACUUCUUCGGCCUGCUCAACUUCCAGGCGCCCUUCCUGCCCUGGGUGCUCAUGGGCUUCUCGCUGCUGCUGGGCAACUCCAUCAUCGUGGACCUCUUGGGCAUCGCCGUUGGACACAUCUACUUCUUCUUGGAAGACGUGUUUCCCAAUCAGCCUGGUGGGAUCAGAAUUCUGAAAACGCCAUCUAUCUUGAAGGCCAUUUUUGAUACUCCAGACGAGGACCCCAACUACAACCCACUGCCCGAAGAGCGGCCGGGCGGCUUCGCGUGGGGCCAGGGCCAGCGCCCGGGCGGUUAGAGCGCGGCACCAGUGACGCGGCCCGCCCGGAGGACUCGUGACACGCCCGUGGGGGUGCUUUCAUCCUUUGUGUCGCAAAAGCGUGGACACUUUUGACGGCUCGACAGAUUUGAAGUCCAGAAGCACUUUACGAAAUGGUACACUAGCGGACAGAGGGCGCCGGGACAGGCGGCCUGCGGCUCCUCGCCACGCCGGCCCCCAGAGAGUGAUCGCGUGGAGCCUGACAGCUGGGGACCCAGACCCCGGCCGCCGCCCGCCAGCAAGCACGUGAGGCUGGAGUCGUGGGCGCGAGGCACAGCCUUCCCUCCUCCUCUGUGCCAGACGAGAGGCCAUGUGUGGACGGAGGUUUCAGAGAGGACGAAAUAAAACUGAAUUCCAGCUCUCUCACUGAA